AUCUCAAACUAGCAUUCCUCUUCCAAAUUCCCAACAAACACCCCUGGAAAUUAAUCCACAGAAUGACCGACAUAGAUCCUGUCCCUGCCCUCCGCGAAGUCCUCGGUGAUGACAAACAGGAAAAUCUUGCACUUCGAUUCCGUGCCCUCUUCUCACUCAAGCACCUCGCCCGCAACGGUAGCAAACCAGCAAUAGAGGCAAUCGCAAACGCCUUCAGCAGCAAAUCCGGUUCUCUCUCCCUUCUUCGCUUCUAUCCUUACUCUCCUUUAAUGCUGACUUUCCAAACCCCCAAGCCCUCCUUAAACAUGAGCUCGCCUACUGCCUCGGCCAAUCCGCAAACUCUUACGCUGCACAAUUUCUACAAUCUAUCUUAAUCACCAAAUCCGAAGACUCAAUGGUCCGGCAUGAAGCGGCUGAAGCCCUGGGAGCCCUUGCACAUGCCGAGUCACUCCCACUUCUGAAAGAAUACUUAAAUGAUUCGGAGGAGGUGGUACGGCAGACCUGCGAACUUGCAAUCGCGAGGAUUAACUGGGCAGCGUCGCAGAAGGACUUGGAGGAGAAUAGUAAGAACGGUAGCGAUCGGGAAGGGGGUUUAUUCGUGGGCGUAGUCGAUCCAGCGCCACCGGCCAAGGGUGGGAACGUGGAGGAAUUGCGAAGGAUAUUGAAUGACCAGGGGACGAACCUUUUCGAGCGAUACAGAGCGAUGUUCCGGCUGAGGGAUAUUGGGACCAAUGAGGCUAUUGAUGCACUGGCGAGCGGAUUUGAGGAUCCGAGUGCUCUGUUUAGACACGAGGUUUGUCACUUCUACUCCGCUCUUCUUAUCUGUUCUCUUAUGAUCAGUCAAAUUGAUGUCGUGUAAUAGAUCGCAUUCGUUUUCGGCCAAUUAUCGGAUCCGCAUAGCAUCCCAGCCCUGAUCAAAGUUGCUGGGGAUAAAGGAGAAGCCCCAAUGGUCAGGCAUGAAGCUGUCGAAGCGCUAGGGAGUAUAGCGGACGAAGGUGUCGAUUCACUAUUAAAGGAGUAUGCUAAAGACGGUGAAGAAGUAGUCAGGGAUAGUGCCGUGGUAGCAUUAGAUAUGGCAGAGUUUGAAAGGAGUGGCGGCUUCGAAUAUGCACUCAUCCCAGGUGCUGCGUAAAAUAUAAUCUGGCAUAUGAAAGUGCCCGGUUUUCCUUUUUUUUUUUUUUGGUGCCCGGGUUAUGGAAUGAUAGAAAAAAGAAAAAAAAGUUGGGGUCAAUAGAUUGUUUAGUUACUUUAUACUAUUCUGGCGUUUAUGGAUAUCCUGUUAGAGUCGGGACACCGGUACGGUCACCAGUCACGCAUAAGUCAUGUUAAUUCGAAGCUGGCGUGUAGGGAUAUCAUAGUGUAAAUGGCUAAUAACAUUUAUAAUUUUUCACUAUC